AUGAGGGGCGGCGCCUGCGCUGCCACCUGCCCCAGCGCCGGGCGCCGAACGGCCGCGCAGGCGCCUCUGCCGGUGCCGCGGGGGGAGCGGGGCGCGCCGGGCCGUUGGACUGCGCGUGCGCGUGCGCGGCACCUGCGGCAGCGGUCCCGCCCCGCCGGUACGUGCGCGCGCCGCGCUGAGGGCGCCGGGGGGCGGGGGUGGAACCCGGCCGGGACACGGGGCGCGGGACGGGACGGGACGGGACGGGACGGGACGGGACGGGACGGGACAGGACGGGACAGGACAGGGCGAGCGGAGGUGGCAGCCGCGCCGGCCUCGUGGGAGUUCUUCAAAAAUCCCUUGUUUGGUUUCCAUCCCUUCAGAAGAGAUUUGAAUGCAACUCAUCCAGCCUUGCUGUUGCACAAGACUCAGUUAAGUGGAUUGUCAAGUUGCCUUGGAAAAAAGCCCACAAUAAUUCAUCAGAAGAUGUUUCACAUUUUUCAAUAUCAGCCUUUAAGACUAAUAACCCAAAACAGUCUUUCUAGCAUAUGCUUAAAACUGAUGCUUUCAAGACCUGUUGCAUUUGCACAGAUAUGGAAGUCAUGGUUCUCAAGUCAUUCUCUUCUUGGAAAGAAAAAUAUUAUCCUGAUGGGACCUCCAGGUGCUGGGAAAACAACGACUGGGAGAAUAGUAGGCCAGAAACUGAAUUGCCCUGUCAUAGACAUAGAUGAUGAUGUCCUUGAAACAACCUGGAAUAUGAGUGUGUCAGAAAAACUGCAGGAUGUUGGUACUGAUGAAUUUCUAGAGGAGGAAGGAAAAGCUCUGUUGAAGUUCUCAGCAUCUGGAAGUGUAAUUUCCCUUACUGGGUCCAAUCCAAUGCAUGCUGCUGGCAUGCAGCACAUAAAGAAAAAUGGAAUAGUAGUGUAUCUGGAUGUGCCCACAGCAGUCAUUAUGAGCAGGCUGCAGUCAAAGGGAACGGAUCGUAUUGUGGGCCUAUCUCCUGGUAUUUCUCUCAAAGAUGUACUUCAGUUCAGAAAACAGUUCUACAAAAGGUGGUUUGACAUCCGUGUUCUUUGUGGAGGGGAUGUUGCACCAGAGGUUGUAGCAGAAAAGGUACUCGAUGCUGUGAAGAGAUACCAAGACUCAGAACUGGAAACUUUCAUUUCAACAAGGUCUAGUAGGUCUGGAAGGAGUAAAGAAGAAGACUCUCAUAAAUUGUAUUUCAGUGAUGUUGUUACUCAGGGCUUAGCCCUUGAUGGAGGACUCUUUGUUCCUGAGAGAGGACUUCCAAAAUUCACUGCUGAAGAAUGGCAAGGUCUGAUAGAAGCAACUUACAUUGAAAGAGCACAGGUGAUACUGGAAAGAUGCAUACAUCCUGCUGAUAUUCCUGCUUCUAAGCUGGCAGAAAUUAUUGAAACUGCAUAUGGAGAAAACUUUAGUUGUUCUAAAGUUGCCCCAGUUAGACAUCUGGCAGGCAAUCAGUUCCUUCUUGAGUUAUUUCAUGGACCAACAGCAUCAUUUAAAGAUUUUGCAUUACAGUUGGUGCCACAUUUAUUUGCCUACUGCAUUCCCAGAAGCUGCAAUUACUUAAUUCUGGUAGCUACUUCUGGGGACACAGGGAGUGCUGUUCUAGAUGGCUUUAGUCGUCUCCAUGACACUGACAAACAGAGAAUUGCUGUGGUGAAUUUUUUUCCUGAGGAUGGAGUAAGCCCAAUUCAAAAAUCACAAAUGAUUGGCUGUCAGAAGGAAAAUGCGUGGUCAGUGGGUGUCAAAUCUGAUUUUGAUUUUUGCCAGACAGCUAUAAAGCAAAUCUUUACUAAUUCUGAUUUUACUGGCUUUCUUACAGUAGAAUAUGGAACAGCUUUAGCUGCAGCAAAUUCCAUAAACUGGGCACGACUGCUUCCUCAGAUAGUUUAUCAUGCCUCUGCAUACCUUGAUCUCGUUCAUCAAGGUAUUAUUUCUUUUGGAAGCCCUGUAGAUAUUUGCAUUCCUACAGGAAACUUUGGCAACAUGUUAGCUGCUUUCUAUGCUAAAAUGAUGGGAAUUCCUAUUAGAAAAUGUAUUUGUGCUUCCAAUGAAAACAAUGUUUUGACUGACUUCAUAAGAACAGGUGUUUAUGAUUUGAGGGGAAGAAAAUUGAUUUCCAGUUUUUCACCAGCAGUAGAUAUUUUGAAGUCCUCCAAUCUUGAGCGAUACUUACACCUGAUCGCUAAUGAAGAUGGGCAGCUGGUGACACAAUUAUUUAAUCAACUGGAAAAUCAGGGCCACUUCCAGCUGCAGAAAAAUCUACUUGGAAAGCUUCAGCAGGACUUCGUGGCUGGCUGGUGCUCUGAUGAGGACUGUCUGGCUGCCAUUCACUCUGUGUACAGUACUACAGGAUAUAUUUUGGAUACACACACAGCUGUUGCUAAAGUAGUUGCAGAUCGAUUACAAGACAGAACUUGCCCAAUUAUUAUUUCAUCUACAGCUCAUUAUUCUAAGUUUGCACCUGCUAUCUUGAGGGCCUUGAGGAUUACAGAAAUAAAUCAGAAUCCAUUAAGUCAGCUUCACUUGCUGAGUUCUUACAGCGCUCUGCCUCCAAUCCACUGGGGCCUAUUAGAGACCCUGAAAAAGACAGGAAAUGGGGACCACCAGGUCUGUGCUGCUGAUAUGAGUGUGCUGAUGUCCCAUAUAGAAACCUUAAUUCAAAAUCAUUUUAUGAAAGUUUUUUGAGCAGCUGAUCCAAUGUCCACAAUUGCAAUACCUUCUUAACAAGCUGCAUGCUUUACUAAAGCCAUCAUUCAUCUGGCCUGUGUCCAGUCCACAGCAUAUCUCACAGUUUUAUAUUCAGUUGUCAAGCUUUCAACAGUAUUUUUAAGUAACAUGUGUGAGAUUUCUAGUGGCGGUGAAAGGUUGUGAAUCGAGAGUGUAAAGAGCUGGAAUACCAUUUUGCAAAUCAGACACAGUAGAGAUCCAGCAGUGCUGGCUUUCCUCAGCAGUGCUGUCUCCUUCACAAGGCUGAAGCAUCCUCGAUGGAAGGAGGCAGAUAAUGAAGUCUGACCUUUCUGGAACUAAUGGCUCUGCUUUUGUUGCAAUAAUGGUGUGAACCUUUGGUCAGUGGAUGUUUAAUUAAACUUUAGCUCAUUUCACUUGGGGUACUGAAACAUAAUAAGAUAAUAUGAUGGUGUUCAUAUGUUACUAAUGAGGGUUGAUUUCACUAUAAAGUAUCGUAUUGUUAAUCCUUGAACCAGUGAAUUUUGUGAUAUAUUAUUUUCUUAUAUAAUGUUUUUUAUGUAUUGUGUGGCCAGUGUCUAAGUAGAAAAAACCUGGUCAUUUUGUUUUUAACACCUUUUCCUCCCAAAUAUUUUCCUGUGUCAAAUAGACUACUUAAUUCAAUAUUUUUAAUAUAGUUGAAAUGUGACUCUUCCUCCAGUGUCUUGUAGUCUCUUUCCUAGAUGUUUUUUAUUUGAACUUUCAACUUUAGAAUCCUUUUUUAUACUUUAGAAGAAUCUGAUAUUGGUAACAGCUGUCUUAUUAAAUAAGAACCAGACUUCACCAUU